AUGUACUUAAGUAGAAUACAGAAGCAGAAUGAAGUUGGAGAUUUAGCUGGCAAUAUGCAACCUGAUCACUCUUCAGAGAAUCAUUCAGAGAGCGUUGGCUGUCAGAACUCUAGAACUAUCCAUGAAAAUAGUGGAGCUAAUAGCUAUGGGCAGAAAACUCAAAAUUUCCAUGGGCAGGAUAUAAUCCAGGGUUUUCAAGAAAGUGAACUAAACAAAGCAGACUUACUUCCAGUAAAGCUUAAGAAAGAAGAUGUAACAACAGAUGUUCACUUUCAAAAGCCGAAAAAUGCUUCUCAGCCAGAGCAAAUGCUGCCACACAGUGAUCAGAAACAGGACUACGCCUCAAUUUCAAAGCGGAAUGGAUGGCAUGGAAGUGUUCUAUUAAGGCAAUUCAUGCAAUACCCUAAACAUGAUGAGCCAUUUAGCUUCUUGGAACACAAUUCCUACUCUUCACAAACUCAAGUGCCUCAGAUUCCUCUUUGGCAAUUGCAAUGUCCAUCUCUUGUCUCAGUCAAUAGUAGCAUUAAAAAAGAUGAAACUAAAUUUGAUGUAAAACCUUCGAUCGCAAAUUGCAAUGGCCAUCUCAUGAAAAUUUUAUCAAAAGCGGUGUAUGAAGAUGAUCAACAUUCAAUUCAGGUGGAACAUGCUAAUUCUAAAGAAUUUGAAGCAGCAUAUGAACAUAAAAAAUUAAUCAGUUUAAUGGAGCACCACUAUGAGCAAUCUAGAGUCCAUGAUUUGAUUCCUCCUUCAAUACAUCUAGAUACAAAAAAUGAAGCAAGUUUGAUUACAUCAUCUGAAGACUUGAACCAUCAUUCCCUUCAUGGCUUUGGUUUCCUAGAUAAUGUUGGUUUCAAUGGUAUGGAGUUACACCAGCUUAAUGGUUGUGCAUCACUCACUGAACUACAGAGUAAUUGUUAUGAUGAGAUAGAAUUUAAUUAUGAGUACUGGUACGAUCCCUUGGACUACCUUUUGCUAGAUGAGGGCCUUUUUGCGUAA